CAACCAUGUUUUCAUUUCGCUCCAACUUCUUCUCAAAUCUCCUAUCUGGUGGCUAUGGCUCUGCCCUCAAGCUCGACUUGCCUCCGGUUAAGUCCAUCGACAUUGAAGAAACUCCCGAGAAACGAGCUCGAACUCUCAAGCACCUGAUCAAGGCUAAUCACAUCAACCACUCGAUUAUCUACCACCACCUCGAAUUUCACAAUCAUGCACCUCACACCGUACUGAGGUUACAUCCUCUAGNNAUCCUGGGUUCCGCCUACUUCCUCGGUGCCAAUGUCGACCAGCUAAUGGACAUUUAUGAGAAAGAGUCCAAAAAUCUUGAGCCAUGGGAAGAUUCUCCUUCGGAGAUCUCGAGACAUGACUGGCGCGACUACCUGGGAAGAAGAGAGUACCAGCGUGCAUGGGUAGACUUUCUCGAGGACCAGCUCGUUCAGUUUGGCUAUGAUUGGCGGGAGCUCCUCGACGACUUUCUGUACUCUGGCAAGCAGCCUCUGAUCAACAACUUGAUUGCUGGCCUCGCCUCAUUCUACAACCACCAGCAUGUCUAUCUCGAUGACCCCUCAUACACGAAGCCCUCGCCAUGGUCGUCACAAGAUCCUUUCGAAGUCAUCCAAAAGGUGCAUCAAGACUCUCGCCUCGACUCUUUCUUCGAAAAGCCUGGAGAAGAUAACUAUACUCCUCUAACCGAGGACAAAGAGAAGGAGGCCGUUCUGCUCGAAUACUGGAACAGCUGGACUGUUACGGAUCCUAAAUCUCAGUUCGAAGCUGCCCAACGUGCCGCCGUUGCUUUGCUGGUCGGUACGCACGAGAAGGGCCAGAAGUUUGACUUCUUCCUCGUUCACAUCCUUACCAGCUCACACGCUGUCCGUGUGAUUGCUCCCCUGAUCCGCGCCACAUAUCACCUUUGUCUUCUAAGACAGUGGUGGUUGUUCUUGCUGACUGCUUAUGUCGGUCAACUUCGCCCAGCUAUCGAUAAGAGCAAAUUCACAAAUGUUGAUCUCGCAGGAAGAGACUGGAAAUGGGUAGCCGACCGAGCUGUCAACGGCAAGUGGGCGCAAGAUGCUCACUUUGUGAAAGCCUGUCGCUCAAUGCAAGAGGCCGCGAAAACUUGGGGUGACGAAGACCAAUAUUUCCUGAAGGCUGCUGUGAAGUUGUCUGAGGAGUUCAAUGGUUGGGGCGGUUUUAGUGCCUCGUCAGAAGAUGAGGCAGAAGCUACUGCUUCAAAUGUUGGCUUUGCCGCAAGACAUCAUGGU